UCUUCAAGUCGUGUUGAUAAAAAUAAAGUAAACCCCUCCAACUAUUUAAACAAAAAAGUAACAGGAGCGUUUGGGAAAAUACACCUCCUUUUUUCUCUAAAGUGGUUCCUUCCUAGCUUCCGUUGCACUGUGCUUUCACUUUGCCACCAAUAUUUAUGUUUUAAAAAGACGCUGUGGCAACGACAACGAAAGCAAUUUGUGUGUCACAAAUCUGACUUUAAUGGCUCAGAUCCGCCUAAAAAUCCUCCCCGGGGUCCACUGUCUGUUUGACAAACUGGUUCAAGUCAAAGUUGAGGGUCUCGCACCCCACAAACAAGUGGAAUUAAGGUCGAGGUUAGUCGACGACAAAGGGGUGAUUUUCAAAGCCUCUGCCCUCUACCAAGCAGAUGAGAACGGUCUGGUAGAUGUGAGUAGCGGCCUCUCUCUUGGAGGAAGUUACACUGGAGUGGAGCCUAUGGGUUUAUGGUGGUCCAUGGCGCCAGAAACCCCCCACAAAAAAAUUGUGAAGAAAAACGUACUGACCCCAACUCUCGUGGAGAUAGCAGUGCACAAUAGCGGCACAGGGGAAAUGUUAGUCUCUGAAACCAAUGAGAGAGAAUACAUGAUGGAGGGCAUGAGGAGAAUUGCUGUGCGAGAAGGACGUGUGCGAGGAGUUCUCUUCCUACCACCAGGGACGGGGCCAUUUCCCGGCAUUAUAGAUUUAUAUACUUUAGGCGGAGGCCUUAAUGAGCAACGAGCCAGCCUCUUGGCAAACAAAGGUUUUGUUGUUUUGGCUUUAGCCUAUUAUGGCUACCAAGAUUUACCCAAAAAUCCUAAGAACUUGGAUUUGGAAUACUUUGAAGAGGCUGUAAAGUUUGUACAGGAACAUCCAGAGGUUCGAGGUCCUGGGAUAGGCGUGGUCUCAAUGUCCCAUAGUGUUGCUUUGGCAUUAUCAAUGGCGUCCUAUUUCUCCGGAAUUACCGCAACUGUUUGUAUAAAUGGCUGCAAUGGAAAUACUGUUAUUCCACUACAUUACAAAGACAUUGUUAUGCCGCCACUCCGACCUGCAAUAUGGAAAGCAAGAAUUAGGAAAUCUUGGCUGAUUGAUAUCCGUGAUGUCACGCCAGAUCCGAGCCUGAAAAAAAAUCGAGCGUCUUUGAUUCCCAUCGAGAAGGCCGACUGCCACUUCCUGUUUGCUGUUUCCGAAGACGACCGCAACUGGAACAGUGUUUUUUUUGCCAAACAAGCCGCUGAGAUUUUGAAAAGCCACGGCAAAGAAUCCUUUCAAGUGGUUUCUUACCCCAAGGCCGGACACUUUUUGGAAGUUCCUCACAUGCCAUUUUGUCCGUCUUCCUUCCAUGCUGCAGUGGGAAGAGCGGUGGCCUUUGGUGGGGAGCCAAAAGCCCACUCGGCAGCUCAGCUGGACCUGUGGGAGCGAGUCCAAGAGUUCCUUAAGAGACACUUAAACACCAUGAGCACUUACUAGCAAGCAUCAAGCGUGCUAGGCAUCCAAGAUUCACAUAUUUUGCACAAAAUUAGGUCAAUGCAACUAUGAUGAGUAAAUAAAGGUCUAAAAGGUGA